CACGGUGGCCUUCGGCAUGGGGCUGGACAAGGCCGACGUGCGCGGCGUCGUGCACUACAACAUGCCCAAGAACUUCGAGAGCUACGUGCAGGAGAUCGGCCGUGCCGGGCGCGACGGCCAGCCCGCGCACUGCCACCUCUUCCUGGACCCAGAGGGCGGGGACCUCCAUGAGCUGCGGCGCCACAUCUACGGCGACACCGUGGACUAUUUCACCAUCAAGAAGCUGGUGCAGAGAGUUUUCUCCCCCUGCAAGUGCCGGGAGCUUCACCAGAGACAGGAGGACAGCGCCAGGGCCGAUGAGGUGGAAGACGCCGAGAUGGCCGAGCUGGCCGAGGAGGAGCAGGACGAGGACGCGGCUCCCUUGUCACCGUCGCAGCGCGUGUGCUACAAGCACGAGCGCGCCCUCCCCAUCCAGGAGCUCGUGGAGGCCCUGGACCUCCGCGAGGAAG